GGCGUUGUCCUCGCCGGUUCCGGGAGUCUCGCGAGAGUUCCGGGGAGGCCGCGGCGGCGGCGGGAUGGGAGCGCCGAGAUGCCCCGUCACUGCUCCGCCGCCGGCUGCUGCACCCGCGACACCCGCGACACCCGCGGCAGAGGCAUCUCCUUCCACCGGCUGCCGCGCAGGGACGACCCUCGCCGGGCGCAGUGGUUGGAGAACAGCCGGCGCCGGGACCCCUCGGGCGGGGGGCGCUGGGACCCCAGCUCCAAAUACAUCUACUUCUGUUCCCAGCACUUCGAGAGCUCCUGCUUCGAGCUGGUGGGGUACAGUGGCUACCACCGCCUGAAGGAAGGGGCCGUGCCCACCGUGUUCGCCGUGGGCCCCUCGCGGCCCCCCCGGCCCCCCCGGCCGAAGCCCCCCCCUCCCGACAGCGACCCCCCCAAACCCCUGCGGGGCGCCCGCAGGUGGAAACGAGAGCCCCUCCCAUCCCCUCCGGACCCCCCGUUCCCCUCGGACGCCUCCUGCUUCCCGCGGGACACCAAAGACCCCCGGCCACCCCCGGCCGGCGACCACGGCGGCGUCCCGGCUCUGCCCGGGCCCUGCGGCUCCAUCCCCGAGACCCUGCUGGUGGCCACGGGCGACGAGGAAGCCACGACCACCCCGGCUCUACCCGAGGGAGCCCCCCCGACCCCUCCGGGACCCCCGGGACCCCCAUCACCGUCUCUGUUCAUGCUGCGGCUGCCGCCCCGCGCCGGUUCCUACAUCCAGAGCGAGCACAGCUACCAGGUGGGCAGCGCUCUGCUCUGGAAGCGCCGCGCCGAAGCCGCGCUGGACGCGCUGGACAAAGCCCAGCGGCAGCUCCAGGCCGGGAAACGCCGCGAGCAGAGGCUGAGGCUGCGGCUGGCCGAGCUCCAGAGGGAGAGGAGAGCGGCGCCGGAGCCCCGGAGGAGCCCCAAGGAAGCGCCGGCCUUGGUGGAGUUGGAGCUGCUGGGAGACGGAGGAGGGAGCUGAGGAAUCGGCGGAUCCUCGGCGAGGCUCCGGGGAGGUUUGUAAAUAAAAAAAGAAAUGGUUUCGUCUUUUUUUUUCCAGGUGGAAUUUGGGGGAGGUUGUGGAGUUUUGGAGGGGGAGUUUUAGGGGAGUCUUCCCUAAAAAUCUCCUGAAUCCCUGGAUGAGGGAUUGGGAUGGAAUUAGUGCCAGGAGUUCAGCCGAGGGGUGACAGGGUACGGAUGGGAGGCUCAGGCGGGAUUUUGGGAAGGGAUUUUUCCCUCUUGGGUUGGUGAGGGGCCGGGAUGGAAUUCCCAGGGAUUUGGGAUGAGGUUUUGGGGGUUGCUGAGGGAUUGGGAUGGAAUUCCCAGGGAUUUUCUCCGGAACAAAGCCCAGGGCAGGAAUGGGAUGAGGUUUUGGGGGUUGCUGAGGGAUUGGGAUGGAAUUUGUGCCAGGAGUUCAGCUGAGGGGUGACCGGAGCGGUGUCACGCUGGGAAUGGGGAGGUUCAGGAGGGAUUUUGGGAAGGGAUUUUUCCCUCUUGGGUU